AUGUUCGCUGCCACGUUGAUCGAUACCUUUAGAGACAAGGGAUGUUGGGAUCGAUCUCCGUCACCGUUUCGUGGGAAGCUGUUCAACUUGGGAAGGCUCCAGGCCAGAGCCAAAGCCCAAGUUGAAACCAGCCGUGACUUUCUAUUUGCGGAGGAGUGCGCCCUCAACUCCACCACGGAGGCUGGCAUGCAACACGUCAUGCAACACAUCAUGCAAUACAUCAUGCAACACAUCAUGCAAUACAUCAUGCAACACAUCAUGCAACACAUCAUGCAACACAUCAUGCAACACAUCAUGCAAUACAUCAUGCAACACAUCAUGCAACACAUCAUGCAACACAUCAUGCAACACAUCAUGCAACACAUCAUGCAACACAUCAUGCAACACAUCAUGCAACACAUCAUGCAAUACAUCAUGCAACACAUCAUGCAAUACAUCAUGCAACACGUCAUGCAACACAUCAUGCAACACAUCAUGCAACACAUCAUGCAACACAUCAUGCAACACAUCAUGCAAUACAUCAUGCAACACAUCAUGCAACACAUCAUGCAAUACAUCAUGCAACACGUCAUGCAACACAUCAUGCAACACAUCAUGCAACACAUCAUGCAACACAUCAUGCAACACAUCAUGCAACACAUCAUGCAACACAUCAUGCAAUACAUCAUGCAACACAUCAUGCAACACGUCAUGCAACACAUCAUGCAACACAUCAUGCAACACAUCAUGCAACACAUCAUGCAACACAUCAUGCAACACAUCAUGCAACACAUCAUGCAACACAUCAUGCAAUACAUCAUGCAACACAUCAUGCAAUACGCUUUUUGA